UAAAUAUCUAUUUUAAUCGGUUCUAUGUUCUUAUCCACCUACUACGCUUCACCGUCAACCUCUUCAUCACCGUCUCCCCUUUUCAGAGCUCGCGCGCUUCGUUUCGCUUCCUCUCUCUCUCCUGCGCCUUCUAGAACCUUCGCGCCGAGCUUCUCUUCGGCUCUCCCGUGGAGUCGCGGAGCUGAUUCGCGGCCGCGUGUCACUCUCAGAGCUCAGAUCGGAGCUGCCUCGCCUGCUAUCGACCGGAAGAUCGCUGCCAUGGCUUCAGAACAUCCCUUCAAUGGAAUUUUAUCUGGACUUCCAAGGCCUGCAGGAGGUGAAUUUGGGAAAUUCUAUAGCCUUCCUGCCCUUAACGAUCCUAGAAUUGAAAAACUUCCAUUUUCCAUCAAGAUACUCCUAGAGUCAGCCAUCAGAAACUGUGACAACUUCCAAGUCACCAAGGAGGAUGUGGAAAAAAUUAUUGAUUGGGAAAAGUCUGCACCGAAGCAAGUUGAGAUCCCUUUCAAGCCAGCUCGUGUUCUGCUACAGGACUUCACUGGAGUUCCAGCUGUAGUUGACCUUGCUUCUAUGCGGGAGGCUAUCAAGGACCUUGGUAGCAAUCCUGACAAAAUCAAUCCUUUGGUUCCUGUAGAUCUUGUCAUCGAUCACUCAGUUCAGGUUGAUGUAGCCAGAUCAGAAAAUGCUGUUCAGGCUAACAUGGACCUUGAAUUCAAGAGAAACAAAGAAAGGUUUGCUUUUCUUAAAUGGGGAUCCACUGCCUUCCGCAACAUGCUUGUUGUCCCUCCCGGUUCUGGUAUUGUCCAUCAGGUGAAUCUUGAGUAUCUUGGACGGGUUGUUUUCAAUACUGAAGGCAUCCUUUACCCAGAUAGUGUUGUCGGUACCGAUUCUCAUACCACCAUGAUUGAUGGAUUGGGUGUUGCUGGAUGGGGAGUUGGUGGAAUUGAAGCUGAGGCUACUAUGCUUGGGCAGCCAAUGAGCAUGGUUCUGCCCGGUGUUGUUGGUUUUAAGCUUUCUGGGAAAUUGCAUGAUGGGGUAACUGCAACUGAUUUGGUUUUAACAGUCACCCAAAUGCUGAGAAAACAUGGUGUGGUCGGAAAGUUUGUUGAGUUCUAUGGCGAGGGAAUGGGUCAGUUAUCCUUGGCGGAUAGGGCGACUAUUGCAAAUAUGUCUCCUGAGUAUGGAGCUACCAUGGGAUUCUUCCCAGUUGAUCAUGUAACAUUAGAAUACCUGAAGUUGACUGGGAGGAGUGAUGAGACGGUUGAAAUGAUAGAGGCGUACUUGCGUGCAAACAAAAUGUUCAUAGACUACAAGGAGCCUCAACAAGAGAGACAGUACUCAUCAUAUCUGGAGUUGGAUCUUGCUGAAGUCGUGCCGUGUAUUUCAGGUCCUAAAAGGCCUCAUGAUCGAGUUCCUUUGAAAGAUAUGAAAUCUGAUUGGCACGCGUGUCUGGAUAAUAAAGUUGGAUUCAAGGGUUUUGCUGUACCCAAGGAACAACAAGAGAAGGUAGUGAAGUUCUCAUUCCAAGGGCAACCUGCAGAACUGAGGCAUGGAAGUGUUGUUAUUGCAGCUAUUACAAGUUGCACAAACACAUCGAACCCGAGUGUCAUGCUUGGAGCUGCUCUUGUUGCAAAGAAGGCUUGUGAGCUGGGGUUAGAGGUAAAGCCAUGGGUAAAAACAAGUCUUGCCCCAGGUUCCGGUGUUGUGACAAAAUAUUUGCUCCAGAGCGGUUUGCAAAAGUACUUGAACCAACAAGGAUUUAAUAUUGUUGGCUAUGGUUGCACAACCUGUAUUGGAAAUUCUGGAGAUCUUGAUGAAUCAGUUUCUUCAAUUAUAGCUGACAAUGACCUUGUUGCUGCUGCCGUGCUUUCUGGAAAUAGGAACUUUGAGGGCCGUGUUCAUCCACUGACCCGAGCUAACUAUCUUGCUUCACCUCCAUUAGUUGUGGCUUAUGCACUAGCUGGAACGGUUGAUAUCGACUUUGAGAAAGAGCCAAUUGGAACUGGAAAAGAUGGGAAAAGUGUUUAUUUCAGGGAUAUCUGGCCUAGCAGUGAAGAAAUUGCACAGGUUGUUCAGUCGAGCGUCCUUCCUGAAAUGUUCAAGAGUACUUAUGAGGCCAUUACUAAGGGAAAUGAAUUUUGGAAUCAGUUAGCUGUACCUUCAUCGAGUCUUUAUGGAUGGGACCCAAACUCAACAUACAUACACAAGCCUCCAUAUUUCUCUGGCAUGACGAUGGACCCACCUGGUGCCCGUGGAGUGAAGGAUGCAUAUUGCUUGCUGCUGUUUGGUGAUAGUAUCACUACUGACCACAUCUCUCCUGCUGGUAGUAUCCACAAAGAUAGCCCUGCUGCAAAGUAUUUAAUGGAGCGUGGCGUUGACCGAAGGGAUUUCAACUCCUAUGGUAGCCGUCGUGGUAAUGAUGAGGUUAUGGCCAGGGGUACCUUCGCCAAUAUUAGAAUAGUGAACAAACUGCUGAACGGCGAAGUGGGACCAAAGACCAUUCACAUUCCAACAGGGGAGAAACUGUCUGUGUACGAUGCUGCAAUGAGAUACAAGUCAGCUGGGCAGGAUACCAUUGUUAUUGCUGGAGCAGAGUAUGGUAGCGGUAGUUCUCGGGAUUGGGCUGCCAAGGGGCCAAUGCUCCAGGGUGUCAAAGCUGUGAUAUCUAAGAGUUUUGAGAGGAUUCAUCGCAGUAAUUUAGUUGGCAUGGGUAUAGUUCCACUUUGCUUCAAGGCUGGUGAGGAUGCAGAAACACUUGGUUUAACCGGACAUGAGCGCUACACCAUUGAUCUUCCAGCGAAGGUCAGCGAUAUUAGGCCUGGACAAGAUAUUACUGUGACAACAGAUGCCGGAAAAUCUUUCACAUGUACCUUGCGGUUUGACACUGAGGUCGAACUGGCUUACUUUGACCAUGGAGGUAUCCUUCAGUAUGUCAUUCGUAAUUUAAGCAAACACUGAGGAGAUUUUGGGUGUAUCGAUAUUCUGGGUGAAAAUUGCUUGCUCGAAAUUCAGUGGAAGCUUACAUUCCCAUCCGAGGGGUUCAAUAAAAUUGGGAGGUUCGCAUAUCUCAAGGAGGAAGUAUCAUUUGUUUCAGUUAUGGAUAUUGUGCCAAUUGUUGAAAUGAAACAAAACUACCAAACUGUUGGGUUAUAUAUAAGACUGUGUUGUUGAUUAAA